AUGGAUGACCUCAAUGGCCUCGACUGGUCACAGCCCGCCAAACAACCCUCGACCACCCCCGCGGCGUUCCCUCCCUUCCGCCAGAGCCCCACGCCGCAGCUUUCUGGUCGAUCCACGCCUCUUUCUGGCCUGUCUGCGCAGCCAUCUGGGGCUGGAACGGGCGCUGCCUCCGUCAAACCGUCCAAAGCGCCCUCAAAACCUGCGACACCUGCCAACGAUAGCUUCGCUGGGCUCAUAUCGAGCAAAAGCUCGAAACCUGCAGGAAGCGGUCUGUCGUUGCAGGAACGGCAGAAGCAGCUUCAGGAAGAGAAGCUGAGACAGGAGGCUGAACGGAGGAAGCAAUACGAUGCAAGCUUUGGUGGCGCGGAUUCGCAGUUCUGGAACACGGUAGGAAGUGGGAAGAGCGCGCCGGAGCCCUCGUCUUUGGAAGCCAUUCCGCCGCCUGGCUCGAAUAAUCCCUUCAGCAAGCAAACACUAUCGCAGACUAUCAAUAAGCCAUUCGCCGGCCUUGAUACUGCCUCGAAGCGCCCCAUACAGUCCCCUAUCGCCGAAGACGACCUCCUUGCAGCCUUCAAUUCGGCCGCUCCAGUAGAUAGGGCGAGUCACUUUCCUCCACCGUCCAACGGCAGCGGUCGUAGUACGCCUGCAUUCAGCGCAAGCCUAUCUAGGGGCCACACGCCCCUGCCACAGCCAUCAAAUGUGAACGCAUUCGCAGACGACGAUGAUGACAUGUUUGGUCUCAAGCAAUUGGCCCAAAAGCCAACAUCACCCGCGCCUCCUCCACCUACCAACGACGCCGAUGACGAUAUACUCGGGCUGUUAGGGAAGCCAGUGUCAGAGUUCAAGAGAGAGGAGCCAAAGCCAGCGGUGGAUAGGCGCCGACAAGAAACACAGCGUGAAAGGUCUUCGAGUCCUAUGAAUGCUCACGACAGGGCUGUUGCCGAGAUUGUGGAUAUGGGCUUCUCAGCCGACAAAUCCGCGAUUGCGCUUGCGACCACCGACUCAGGACUAGACGUACAAGCAGCUGUAGGGUGGAUACUGAAUCAGGCACAUGCGGAGGCUAAACAAAGAACACAAGAGCCUAGUCGGGAGCGAUCACAACGACGACCUGGUGAGUCUGACGAGCGCUCUAGACGAGGCAACAGUAGACCCAGCGCAAGGGAAAACCGCGGUAGCGAGCCUGUACCAGCUUGGAUGCGGGAUGAAGAUGCUCGAAGUCGCUCUGGUCAACGUCGACAAGAUGGGCAGAAACAGGAGAAAGAUGUCACGCAAGUUGCUUCGGAAAUUGGCAAUAGUCUGUUCAAGUCGGCCAAUACGCUCUGGAAGACAGGCCGUAAGCAGGUACAGAAAGCCGUGGCCGACUUCCAGCAAGACGGUGGUGAUCCCAGCAUCCCGAAAUGGAUGCGUGACGCACAAGCAGCGGAGACAGCACCUAGGUCGAGUAGACCGCAACGAAGUGAGCCGAGUGCAACCGACGAAGCCAUGAUGCUUGAAGCUGGGGGCCGUCCUGCCAAGCCGCCCCGACAGAGUGAACAACGUCAGCGUCAUGACGAGCUGCCAGUGCGACAAAGGCGAGAGCAGGAGGUGUCCCGCAAUGGCCUACCUGACAGGAUGUCGUCGCAGUCUCCCGCCCAACGUCAGCCCACUCCAAACUACGACAAGAGACCUGCAGCGCGAUUGGCUAAACAAGAUUUAGAAGAGCAAAGCGCUCAGGCAUACGUCAGUCCAGCACGCCGGAAGAAAGCAACGCCACAGCCGCAGCCAGAAGUCGAUCUCUUCUCACCAGAAUCCAUGCCGUCAACAGCCUCUCAGUCACGCCAAACAGCACAGUCUCAGUCGAACAACCCGUUCCUCCAAGCUGCUUCUACGCCCAAGGCGCGAAGUCCCGUGGCCACACCUCUUCCACCCAAGCCGAGAGCUCCGCCGCGAAGAGUCCCUCCUGUCUCUUCAUCCGCACUCAAUAUAUCUGCUAUGGACCGCCAGAAAGGGUCGGAAGCCUUCAAGCGUGGCGACUACUCUGCUGCUCACAUCGCAUACUCGUCUGCGUUAAGUCCUCUCCCCGAUACACACCCGGUAACGAUCAUCGUACUUUGCAAUCGGGCCGUUACCAACAUCAAGGUGGGCGACCCGAAGGCAGCUAUCGUUGACGCUGAUGCUGCACUAUCUAUCAUUGGUACUUCGAAAGGAGAGGGGGAAAAGAUUGCACCUGGCGGUACAGAAAGCGAAAAGGAUAUGAAGGAGUUCUACGGUAAAGCUCUCAUGCGCAAAGCAGAGGCGCUUGAGAACAUGGAGAAGUGGGCGGAUGCGCACAAGGUUUGGAAAUUGGCCGUACAGGAUGGAGUCGGUGGUGCGAUAAGCAUUUCAGGCCGCAACCGUUGCGAGAAGGCUGCGGCUGGCGGCAACAACACAUCCGCGCCAGCAGCUGCAAAGCGAGCUCCUGUACGCAAGCCGGCACCGAAGCCAUCUGCAAUGUCAGAGCUUGGUGGUGGCGCUCCUGAUUCGGAAGCGGUCAAGAGACUGAAGCUUGCGAAUGCAGCAGCUGAGAAGGCUGACGACGAAAAGUUUGCACUUACCGAUCAAGUCGAUGCAAGACUCAUAGCCUGGAAGGGCACAAAGGCUGACAAUCUGCGUGCGCUCCUGGGAUCGUUGGACAAGGUGCUCUGGCCAGAGGCCGGGUGGAAGAAGGUUGGCAUGGGCGACCUUGUGAUGCCGAACAAGGUCAAGAUCAUUUACAUGAAGGCGAUUGCCAAGGUGCAUCCUGAUAAGAUACCACAAUCAGCCACCACAGAGCAAAAAAUGAUCAGCGCAGCUGUCUUUGCAACACUGAACGAGGCUUGGGACAAGUUCAAGGCCGACAACAACCUGUGA